AUGGCGCUUGGCCUGGAACAAGUAGUGCCCAGCCCCGACCAGUCCCAGCCUGCAGGCUGCGGUCACACAGGUAAUGCUACUGUCGCCUGUCACGGCGGAGCUGGGAGUGCCUUGCGGUUGCCAUCGCUUGGGGCUGCGUGCAGGCAAGCGGAGGAGCCCGCAGCCGGCGAGCUUGAAGCGCACGGAGGAACUUCUCCAAGGCCGUGGGCGCACACGCAAGCCCACGACCCUUUUCUCGCCUGUAUUUUUUUUCCAAGUGAGAUGUACGCAUCCUCGCGGCGUUACGUAGGAGGCGGGAAACCCCGCCCUCCCCUCAGCGACAGCCGCUCCCUCCCCCACCGCGAGGAGGAAGGGCGUUGGCGUGGACCGCGCAUGCGCGGAGGCACCGGCUCGCGGGGCGCCUCCACCAAUCGCCUCGCGAAGCAUGGUGUGUCUUUAUUUUUUGCUGCAGAAUACAGUUGUGAAUAUGGCUCGCUCAAGUUUUAUGCUCUCUGUGGCGUUGGUGGGGUCCUAAGUUGUGGCCUGACACACACUGCUGUCGUACCUCUGGAUUUAGUGAAAUGUCGUAUGCAGGUUGAUCCACAAAAAUACAAGAGCAUCUUCAAUGGAUUUUCAGUGACAAUCAAAGAAGAUGGAUUUCGUGGCUUGGCUAAGGGAUGGGCUCCAACUUUUAUUGGAUACUCCAUGCAGGGGCUUUGUAAAUUUGGUUUCUAUGAAGUUUUCAAAAUCCUGUAUGGCAACAUGCUGGGAGAGGAAAAUGCCUAUUUGUGGCGUACUUCAUUAUAUUUAGCUGCAUCUGCCAGUGCAGAGUUUUUUGCUGACAUUGCUCUGGCUCCAAUGGAAGCUGCUAAAGUUCGCAUUCAGACACAGCCCGGAUACGCCAACACUCUGCGGCAAGCUGUACCUAAAAUGUUUGGAGAAGAAGGCAUUUGGGCUUUCUACAAAGGUGUUGCUCCGCUAUGGAUGAGACAGAUUCCAUACACAAUGAUGAAAUUUGCCUGCUUUGAACGUACUGUUGAAGCUCUCUACAAGUAUGUUGUUCCCAAGCCACGAAGUGAAUGUACAAAAGGAGAACAGCUGAUAGUCACAUUUAUUGCAGGCUAUAUUGCUGGUGUGUUCUGUGCAAUCGUUUCUCAUCCUGCUGACUCCGUGGUAUCUGUGUUGAACAAGGAAAAAGGCAGUUCUGCUUCACAGGUUCUUAAGAGGCUUGGAUUCAGAGGUGUCUGGAAAGGUCUGUUUGCUCGUAUCAUCAUGAUUGGUACCUUGACUGCGCUACAGUGGUUCAUCUACGAUUCUGUGAAGGUUUAUUUCAGACUUCCUCGUCCACCUCCACCUGAAAUGCCAGAAUCUCUGAAGAAGAAGCUUGGUUUAACUCAGUAGACACCUCAUGGACUGACUUCGCUGGCUGUCCAGUGAUGAGUUUCAUGAAACUUUUAUAUAUUUGACUAUGUGGAAAACAAACCCUAUAUGGUGUUAUUAUUGGCUGUACCCUCAUCCCACAUAAUGGUUUAAAUUCUACCACUGUCAUUGCCUGAAAUAAAUGAGAAACAGAGUGCUUA